CCUCAUCGUUCAUUUUCCAAGCUGCAUUUUACAUCCCGCCCAACCGAUCAUCGACGACCACCCCUCAUCCCUGUGAAAUGUUAGUCCGUGGACCUUUGGCUCAAGUUUUCUGCUCGAGCUACACGCCGGUAGCAGAUCCGAGACCGAUCAGGGGACUUGCUUACAAGCGCACACAGUCUCAAACAUGGGAGUGUGUGCGAGCUCAGGAGCUAAGAAGUCUGUUGCGAACCCCGCGGUCAAGGAGUCGUCGCCGACACCAAGCAAAGUCGAGGUAUUCGGAUUACCAGUCUCGCAGAACACGAUGGGUCCAGUUUUGCUCGCCAUGGACUGUGGGAAAAGUGGUCUGGAGAUGUGCGACAUCAUGAAAGGGGAGCACAUGAAACCUGAGUUUCUGGCCAUGAACCCGUUCCACCACAUCCCGACCAUGAAGGAUGGAGGUGUCAGCAUCGGCGAGUCUUCUGCCAUUCUCCGCUACAUUGCGAUGAAGUACAAGCCCGAGUACUACCCUGUGGGCGACCCAGUCGCGUGUGGCAAGAUCGAUUUCGCCAUUGACUCUUUCACUACUGAGGUGUACGAGAAAGGCCACUACCACACCGUGUACGUCGUUUUGGGGUUCACCUCAGCUCCAGCAGACCAGAAGGCUGCGAACGAUAAAUACAGCGAGCUAUUGGAUGCCUGGCUCAAGCAUUUCCUGCAGGGCAAGUUCGUGAACGGUGACAAGCUCAGCAUCGCCGACUUCAAGGCUGUGCCGUUCCUGAUUGCUGGUUUGCAGCCAGCGGUGGAGUCAACAAUUGGCUUGAAGCUUCCUGACCGCGCAAAGCAGUACGUCGAGGACUUCUGUGCAGCGGUGUCGUCGUCGGGCAUGCUGAAGAGCGCUGGAGGCUACUCUAUUGUUGAGUUCCUCGCGAGCAAAGCGCCAGAUGCGAAGGCAGCAGUCGACAGCUACACUAAGGUGGAGUAUAUCACGGAGCCAACACCAGAACCUUCGGGUGAGGUGAAGGUGUUCGGAUUACCAGUCUCGCAGAACACGAUGGGUCCAGUUUUGCUCGCCAUGGACUGUGGGAAAGGUGGUCUGGAGAUGUGCGACAUCAUGAAAGGGGAGCAGAUGAAACCUGAGUUUCUGGCCAUGAACCCGUUCCACCACAUCCCGACCAUGAAGGAUGGAGGUGUCAGCAUCGGCGAGUCUUCUGCCAUUCUCCGCUACAUUGCGAUGAAGUACAAGCCCGAGUACUACCCUGUGGGCGACCCAGUCGCGUGUGGCAAGAUCGAUUUCGCCAUUGACUCUUUCACUACUGAGGUGUACGAGAAAGGCCACUACCACACCGUGUACGUCGUUUUGGGGUUCACCUCAGCUCCAGCAGACCAGAAGGCUGCGAACGAUAAGUACAGCGAGCUAUUGGAUGCCUGGCUCAAGCAUUUCCUGCAGGGCAAGUUCGUGAACGGUGACAAGCUCAGCAUCGCCGACUUCAAGGCUGUGCCGUUCCUGAUUGCUGGUUUGCAGCCAGCGGUGGAGUCAACAAUUGGCUUGAAGCUUCCUGACCGCGCAAAGCAGUACGUCGAGGACUUCUGUGCAGCUGUGUCGUCGUCAGGCAUGCUGAAGAGCGCUGGAGGCUACUCUAUUGUUGAGUUCCUCGCGAGCAAAAUGCCUGCGUAGGCAGCUGUCAGCAAUGUAACAGGCGACCCCUGAGCUGUUGAAAGCAGCCUGGUGAAAGUUCACGUUUGCAUUGCUGUGCGGGAGUGGUACAGACUAGAUCCCUUCCUCGAGUCAACGGUGUAUUUGGCACUUGUGUUUCGCGGUAAGGCUCUUGCGUUCGGUCCUCGUUAUGUGCAUCCGUGGCUCCCUGCAUCCAUAGUUCCUCCUCCUUCUCCUCCCGACCUUUUCCCCGCCUAGUGGCCCCCUCGAGGACCUCCCCCUCCUCCGCACCUGGCAGCAGGCAGCAUACGUCCGUCGCUCUUCGGUGCCCGAAGCCUGUACAUCGGCGGGCCGUGCUGGCUGCUGGUCGGAGGGAGGCACAAAGUCUGGCCCCGACGGACGUGUCCAGCCCAGCUCUCCAAUUUUCCCGCCAGUCGUUGGCAGUGAGAAGCCCGAUUCGCAAGCGCUACGGCACAGGGAGGUGUAUCACAGUUCCCUGUCAAGGGAUGGCCAGCGUGGGCCCCGAGCACGGUGCUUCUAGCAGUAUGUGUUGUGCCACUUGGGUGAAGACGUCGGCUGCACCGCAUGGCUUGCUCCACGUGCCCUGCACCACAGUUUGUGCCCCGCGCGCUCGCGCCCGCGUGCGUCUCUUACCUGAGGAAGUGGAUGCGCGUGCCGGGGUGGUUGGACGGUGCCCAGCCGGUGGGGGCCCCGUGGGCGCUUUGUGGUCGCCGCGCGCUCGGGGGGCGUGUCGGGGCUUCGGCCUUGGUGCCCGCCCGAGGGGCGCCCGUGGGCGGCCCUGCGCAGGGGGGCGCACGUCGAGGCGUCGCCCGGCGCCCGGCCGUCGGGCCCGCGCCGCACUGCUGGCACCGCAGGGUUCGCACGAGAGCCUGCGCCACUCACUUGCACCGCAGAGCCUGCACACCAUCGCAGCCGUUAGCCUCAAGGCACUGGCGUGAGGCUCGUGGUCAGUGUGACACGAGAGCAGCUUUGCACACCAUCUCUCUCACGUAGCUAGCAUGGCUUACACCGCGGAGCUCACACCACGCAGCUUGCGCAGCCUAAGCUGAUACCGGCAUACACCACAUGGGUCACACCACACUGUUUUCAGUUCCACUCCACAGCUCGAGAUUUGGGGUCCACGCUGGCUGACCUUCUAAUUUAUGAUGUUUUCAGUAACUGUUUGAUUUUCCCGAGGCAUGUGUCUGCGGGUCGGGCUCACGCUGGAUGCGUUUGCCCGCAUUCUGUUUCGAGUGGUGCCAGGAGUCCUAGAUACAUGAUGGGCUCUGGAAUGCGGCAUACUCGCUCCGUGUACCUCGGUUUUGCCGUGUUGUGCGCAAAAGAACAGGUCACAAAGACGAUCCGCCCUCCUCUCUUCCCAUCGCCCUCCGUCCUCCUCGAGUUCAGGCGGGACAGAGUCCCGCGCGUUGCUCGGACGACUCCCCAACGGGCGAGUUCAGUAGCACA